AUGAUCAAUGUUCCCUUGGUCGUUGGUACUGCAUACGUCAAAUGGCAGCUACCAACGUCGGCUUCCGCUGAUCACAAUGGCCACACCGAAAAAGCCUUGCUUCAUGAUCACAGGGCAUCCUGGGAUUAUGAGAAAUUAACGGUUGUUAGACUAACAGUUGAUCGGAAUCAGAUGCUGCAAGACUGUGACCUUCAGCUUGACAUCUUCCAAGAGUUUACAGCAGGAAAUCGGGCCGACAGAGUACCACUAGGAAAUAUUAAGCUGAACCUUGCAGAAUAUGUGGAUAAGACAGAAAGUGAUGAAGGAAUUAUGAGGCGAUAUCUGAUGCAGAAUAGCAAGAUUAAUGCUACCGUCAAAGUUGGUAUCGCAAUAUCUCAAAUUGAAGGAGACAGCAACUUUAUUGCGCCACCACUUAAGCCCGCUACAGUAUUUUCCGGCAUUGCUGGUGUGAUGUCCACUGAGCAUGGCGAAAUAAACAAUGAUGGCCACAUUCCUUCAAUAAAUAACAGAGGUCGCGAAUACAGUGAUCUUCAAGAUAUGUAUCGCUCCACUUUAGCGGCAGCUUGGGCGACUCUCCCCGAUGAAUUACCCCCGGAUCAACUUAUAGAAAACAUCUUUGCUGGUGGAGAUGGAUUCCCCCAAAACUACCCACGACUCAAGGCGGAGGAUGAAUUUGAGGGAAAUGAUAAUGAUUCGCUCAGUGACACAGGCUCACAUCGAACCAUUCGCGAUAGCAAGAAUUCUCCUGACCAUAUCCCGAGGAUUAAGGAUCCCUUUACUACCCACUCGCGAAGCGAUAGCAGACACUCGGACUUUUCAUUCGGAGCAGCCGGAAAAGAAAGGAACGAAACAAGUGCUUUCGAGAGGUCUGGGGGGAAAAGACGAAAGAGAAAGACAUUUACAGAGUUUGAUUACAGGGAAGACCUAAGAAGCUGGGAGAUUCCAUGGGCUAAAGAAGACCCACAGUAG